AUGUCUGUGGCCAGCAAGAAAAGCACCAAGAGCGCCGAAUUAAUUUUCGGAGGGAAAUACAAGCUGCUGAAGAAGAUCGGGGCCGGCUCCUUCGGGAAAAUCUACCUGGCGGUCAACGUUUCCAACGGCGAGGAGGUGGCGGUCAAGCUGGAGUCGCAGAAGGCCAGCUCGCCCCGGCUGCUGCACGAGAGCAAGCUGUACAAGGCCCUGCAGGGCGGCGUGGGCAUCCCGCACAUCCGCUGGUACGGCCGGGAUAAAGGCUACAACGUGCUGGUCAUGGACCUGCUGGGCCCCAGCCUCGAAGACCUCUUCAAUUUCUGCUCCCGCAAGUUCACCAUGAAAACCGUGCUCAUGCUGGCCGACCAGAUGAUCAGCAGGGUGGAGUAUGUGCAUGCCAAGAACUUCAUCCACAGGGACAUCAAGCCGGACAACUUCCUCAUGGGCACCGGCCGCCACGUCAAUAAGCUGUUCCUGAUUGACUUCGGUUUGGCCAAAAAGUACCGAGACACCAAAACCAAGCAGCAUAUCCCCUACAGGGAAGAUAAAAACCUCACUGGCACUGUCAGGUAUGCCAGCAUCAAUGCGCACCUGGGCAUUGAGCAGAGCCGCGGGGAUGACAUGGAGUCCCUCGGGUACGUGCUCAUGUAUUUUAAUAGAACCAGCCUACCCUGGCAGGGGCUCAACGCUGCGACAAAGAAACAAAAGUACGAGAAGAUAAGCGAGAAAAAGUUGUCCACCUCGGUGGAGAGUUUGUGUAAGGGGUUCCCAGCAGAAUUUGCCAUGUAUCUCAACUAUUGCAGGGGCCUACGAUUUGAAGAAGCACCAGAUUAUUUGUACCUGAAGCAACUAUUCCGUGCCCUUUUCAAGACUCUGAACCACCAAUAUGACUAUACGUUUGACUGGACAGCAAUAAAACAGAAUGUGGCCCAGCCAGUAGCCACUUCCAGUGGGCAGGGACAGUAA